AUGACUCUGCUAGACAGCCCCUUGAACAAGGCAGGAAAGCUGCUUAUCUAUAUCCACACCGCGAAGAACGUGCUGAUAGAGGUGCAUCCAUCCCUCCGUGUGCCUCGCACCUUCAAGCGCUUCGCAGGACUCUGUGUUGAGCUGCUGCAGCGCCAGAAGAUUCGCGCUGCGGGUGCCAAUGAAACACUUAUGAAGGUGGUUUCAAAUCCUGUGGAGAAGUACUUACCACCUGGAUGCCGCCGCUUUGGCAUGUCAGUCAGUGGCCGGCCAGUCAAGAUGCGAGAAUUUGCUGCAGAGCUGGAUGCUUCCGGGCAGUCCAUGCCAGUUCCCAUUGUCUUCGCCGUUGGUGGAGUGGCACGAUCCGACCCUGUCACAGAGGCGACCUUCGGCGCAAACUACGUCGAGGAGAACGUCUCGAUUUCGCCCUAUGGACUCUCUGCUUCGUGCGUGUGCUCCAAGAUCUGCAAUGAGUUCGAGCAUCUCUGGGGCAUUUGCUGA